AUGGCAAUCAAAAUCCAUGCUUUGCUUUGCUUGGGCCUUGUCUUAAGACUCAUGUCUGUGGCUUCUGCCAUUUCAGGAACUGCCACUUACAAUACAAUUUAUUAUCCGUCUGCAUGCUACGGGAAUGAAGAUGAAGGCGUUAUGAUCGCAGCGGCUAGCGACGACCUGUGGGACGAUGGGGCAGCGUGCGGCAGAAUGUACACGGUUACGUGCACAGGCCCUACAAACCAAGGAGUGCCCCAGGCUUGCAGGGAUCAAGUCACAGUGAAGAUUGUUGACCGUUGCCAAUCCCCCCAAUGCCAAGCAACCCUUGACCUCUCUCAAGAGGCCUUCUCUGUCAUUGCUGACCCUAAUGCUGGAAAAAUCACCAUCGACUACAACCAGUAA